AUUCCUCUAUUUUUGUAUAUGUGGACUUCGAACCGGUAUCGAAAUUCGGACGGUCAGAAACUAGACUGAUGGCCUAAAAAGUGAACCUUUAUCUUCAUUUUGACUGUCAGUCCUGUUGUAGAGAAUGGAGCGACUUCAAGUUACCUUCGGUCACUUGUAUGGUGCAGAGUCAGGCGUCAGUAGCCGCUGCGUGGAGACCAGCGAAGCCGCAGCCAGGAGAUUCCCAGACAGUGCUGAUGAUGUGGUCAUAAUAUCUGCUCGCCGGACAGCAAUUGCAAAAGGGGGUAGAGGGGCAUUCAAGGAAACAUUUACUGAUGCCCUGCUGGUUCCAGUGUUUCAGGCUGUGCUGCAGGAGGCAAAUGUAGCUCCACAGGACGUGCAGGAUAUUUGUGUCGGAAAUGUUGGAGAUCCAAGGGCAGCUGUUUCAGCCAGAACAGGACAGUUCUUUAGUGGAAUUCCCGAAACGACGCCCAUUAACACUGUGAACAGACAAUGUUCCUCAGGCCUGCAGGCUUGUAUGAAUAUAGCAGGUGCCAUAAAAACAGGCCAGAUUGAUUUAGGAAUUGGAGCAGGGGUGGAAUCUAUGUCCCUACAUAGAAAUGCAAGUACAGAAUCCUCAGUUCCCCUGAACCCCGCCAUAUUUGAACACGAUCUUGCGCGACAGGUUCUUAUUCCAAUGGGGAUAACAUCGGAGAAUGUUGCAGAGAAGUUUGGAAUUACCAGAGAACAACAGGACAAAUUCGCUUUGCUAUCCCAACAAAGAGCUGGUAAGGCACAACAGACUGGAGCAUUCAACAAGGAAAUUGUCCCUGUCAAGACCAAGGUCACAGACAAAGAUGGAAAUGAACACACUGUUACAGUAUCCAAGGAUGAAGGUGUCCGACCUACAAAAUUAGAGUCUCUGCUCAAACUUAAGGCAGCAUUUAAAGAGGGCGGGUCCACUACAGCUGGGAACUCCAGUCAGGUGAGUGAUGGGGCGGCUGCAGUUCUGAUGGCCCGAAGAUCAGAGGCCAGGAAGAGAGGUAUGAAGAUAUUUGGUGUGAUCCGUGGGUAUGCUGUAGUGGGAUGUCCCCCAGAUAUUAUGGGCAUAGGACCAGCUGUAGCCAUCCCAGAACUUUUAAAGAAGACUGGUCUAACCGUGGAUGACAUUGAUGUUUUUGAGAUCAAUGAAGCGUUUGCCAGUCAGGCAUUCUACACAGUCCAGAAACUGGGUAUUCCACCAGAGAAAGUGAAUCCCCUAGGUGGCGCUAUAGCUUUAGGUCACCCCUUGGGUUGCACUGGUGCACGACAGAUCUCUACACUAUUACACGAAUUAGAACGCAGAGGAAAAAGAUCAUUGGGUGUUGUUUCAAUGUGCAUGGGAACAGGAAUGGGAGCUGCUUGCCUAAUUGAAUACCCUGGACCAGCAUAAGUACACCACACAGUCCUCCACACCAGCGGUCCCAUGUUCCAUGAUGAUCAAUAUUCCACGAGAAAGACCGAUUUCAUUUUGCUGAUCUGGAUACUGUGAUGAAAAAACACUGAAUAAUUUAUGGUGCUGUUGUUUUUUUUAUCAUUCACUGUGAUCAAUGUCUGUAAUCAAAUGCAAAUUGAUGUAUAUAGCUCAUCAAAGAGCAGAACUUUAUUAGUGUAUAAUUUAUGCAUAGAAUUUAUUUUUGUAAACUUCAUCCAGAUUUCAUAUUUUAAUCUUACCUUUAGAAUCACUUUUUUGUCUAUCAGAGAAAUAGUGCAAGAAUUUCAAUUUUUUGUAUUUAUGAUGAAUUAAAGCUAUUGACAUUCAUUGGUACAUGUAAACAAAGCAUAUGUUGUCAUGAAUAAACAAAACAAUGAGAAUAAAAGAAAAAAAUACCUAUAAUUACUGACUUACAAACAUCAUCUUCUGUAGUUAUACAGAUGCAAAUUAAUAAAUAUUUAUGAUUGUA